GACGAGCGAGCGGAUGGACGCUGAUCUGGACCCGGUAAGCGAGCGCGGGGACGCGGACGCUGGCCACCCGGCGGCGUGCUCGUCGAACGGCAGCGGCGGUGAGGAGGAUGACGCCGAAGUCGAAGCUCAUGGCCGGGUGGUGGGAGGCGGCGGCGACUCUGGCAGCCAGCGGACACUGGAGAGGGGCGUCCUGCUCGGCGGCCGAGAGCAGGAAGUAUCGGUGGAGAUCGGAGAAACGUACUUGUGCCAACGAGCCGAUAAAACAUGGCAUGCAGCAGAAGUGAUUCAAUCUCGACUAAAUGAGCAGGAAGGAAGAGAAGAGUUCUAUGUGCAUUAUGUGGGCUUCAACAGGCGUCUUGACGAGUGGGUGGGCAAACCUCGGCUGGCCCUCACCAAGACGGUGAAGGAUGCAGUGAGGAAGAGCGUGGAGGUGGGCGGCAUGGGCGACAUCGGCGAGCAGCCCGAGCGGAAAAUCACUCGCAACCAGAAGCGCAAACACGAUGAGAUCAACCACGUGCAGAAGACAUAUGCUGAGAUGGACCCAACCACGGCGGCGCUGGAGAAGGAACAUGAAGCGAUUACCAAGGUGAAAUACGUGGACAAGAUCCAGAUCGGAAACUUCGAGAUCGACGCGUGGUACUUUUCGCCGUUCCCCGAGGAUUACGGCAAGCAGCCCAAGCUCUGGAUCUGCGAGUACUGCCUCAAGUACAUGAAGUACGAAAACACCUUCAGGCACCACCUGUCCAACUGCCAGUGGAAGCAGCCUCCAGGCAAAGAGAUCUACCGCAGGAGCAACAUCUCCGUCUUUGAGGUGGAUGGACGCGACCACAAGAUCUACUGCCAGAACUUGUGUCUGCUGGCCAAACUGUUCCUGGACCACAAAACGCUUUAUUUCGAUGUGGAGCCCUUCAUCUUCUAUAUCCUCACCGAGGUCAACAAGCAGGGGGCGCACAUAGUCGGAUACUUCUCCAAAGAGAAGGAAUCACCGGAUGGGAACAACGUUGCCUGCAUCUUGACUCUGCCACCGUACCAACGUCGCGGUUAUGGGAAAUUCCUCAUUGCCUUCAGUUACGAGCUGUCCAAGUUGGAGAGUGCAGUGGGUUCGCCGGAGAAGCCGCUGUCUGACCUCGGCAAGCUGAGCUACCGCAGUUACUGGUCGUGGGUUCUUUUGGAGAUCCUCAGAGACUUCAGGGGAACGCUUUCUAUCAAAGAUCUUAGCCAGAUGACGAGCAUCACACAGAGCGACAUCAUCAGCACGCUGCAGUCGCUCAACAUGGUCAAGUACUGGAAAGGCCAGCACGUCAUCUGCGUCACCCCCAAACUGGUUGAAGAGCACCUCAAGAGCGCGCAGUACAAGAAGCCGCCCAUCACAGUGGACACGCUGUGCCUCAAGUGGGCGCCUCCCAAAAACAAACAGGCCAAGUUGUCCAAGAAGUGAAAGGAAGAGGACGCCACCGCCAUUGUAAAUAUGUGCUAUACUGUGUUGUUACUUUCUUAAAAUAAAGCUCCGCCACCCCCCAAAACAAAUUGUUGUGUGGACCCGUGUCAGCUAU